UAAAUAUUUAAGUAUAGAAGUGAAUAGUGAAAUUUGUUUUUUCCUUCAUAUGUAAUGCUGUGAUGCUUUGAAAGCAGCAAAAGUUCUUCGUUUUGUUCUCACAAUCGAUCAUCAAGCAGCAAAAGGAUGGAGGAUUUAGCCGAAAAUUACAACAAUAACAGCGUCGAUGAAUCGACGGAGACUGUAGAGCAAACUCAGAGGAAGAAACGUGACCGAACCAUUUCGCACGAAUGGUCCGAGGAUGAAAUCACUGCCCUGAUACAGGCCGUCAAAAGUAAACCCGAACUGUGGAAGGCAAGCCAUCCGUCGUACAAGGAUCGGGCGAAAAAGGAUGCGGCUUGGCGCGAUAUCGAACAAAACGUGUUCGGCAGCCGUAUUAAACCGGCCGAAAUUACGAUUAAAUGGAACAGUCUGCGCGUUCAGUAUAACAUGUAUGUGUCUAAAUACAAAUCGAAACCUUCGGUUUCUGGUCGUGGCCCCGUAAUAAAGUGGAGAUACUUUCAUGCCAUUAAUUUUAUCGGUAUGAACAAUGGUUCGUUCAGAAAACCAACCAUUCCCGAUUUACCGGCGGUUUCGACGAUCAGCGAAUCAUUAACAUCGCCCGAGCAAACCGUUUCGAGCGUUCGUCAGCCAGCGCCCGCGUCAAGUACGAACAGAAAACUACAUCAAUCGCCUUUAAGAGCGGAGAGAUUGAGAAAACCAUCGGAUUCUGAUCGCGACAAUAAUGGUCGGGUUCGCGAAGGAAUUCAGUCGUUGGUUGAACACUUCAGUGAAACCAGGAACGACGAAUUCAGUAUUUUCGGACAGUUUGUUGCUUCCGAAGUGAAGCGACUUCCGAACGAUUUACAACGCCAGCAGUUGAAAAGAAUAAUUAUGCGUGCAAUUAUCGAUUUUAACGAAGAUGUUGAGCAACAGAUCCUGGCGGCUGGUGCUGAGCAUUUAAGUCAAAUCUUCGCCGUUGAUGAACGAAACGAAUCAAAAAAUUUUAAUAAACUUUAUAAUAAAAAUGAUGCAGUUCGUAUUUUCCUCACAAUCUAUCGGUUACUUUUCUUCCGUUCCAGUGACGGUGCGAGCGCUUUGGACAACAACCGCGGGAAUGGUGACCAGUCGACUCACAUUUGCGACAUCUGCGGCAAAGAAUAUAAGAAAAAACGCUCCCUUAUGGUCCACAGAACAAUCCACCUCAAUCAGCAACCGUUCGAGUGCGAACUUUGUGGCAAAGGUUUCAUCAGUGCCACCCGACUUGAUUACCAUAAAGCGAAACAUACGCAGGAGAAAAACUUUCACUGUAAAAUUUGUGAUAAAUACUUCGCGCUGCGAAUUCAACUUCACCUUCACCUGAAGCUGCACAGUACGGAUCGCCCACACAAAUGUCCCAUUUGUGGGAAAGGCUUCAGAGUUCGAUCCGAGCUGACGGGCCAUAUCCGGUUUCACACCGUUGAGCAACGAGUUAAAUGCGACAUCUGCGGUGCAUCGUUCAAGUCUUUCGCUAAUCUAUACGCACACAUGAAAAUCCACGAUUCCGCCGAAUCAGGAGCGUUCCAAUGCGAUAUCUGCAAUGCACGGUUCGCUAAGCCGGCCAACCUCACCAUUCACAGGAAAAUACAUGGUACGAAUCCUCCGAACAAGUGCCUGAUUUGCGGAAAGAUAUUCACCACUAAUCAUUUGCUCGUAAGUCACAUGCUCCAGCAUAAAGAUGAGCUGCUCUCGAAGCGCACGCACGUUUGUGAGUUGUGCAACGAAAGAUUAGUUUCCAAGGCGGCCCUCAGAAGCCACCACAAGAGAAUUCAUACCGGUAAACGACGCAAUGAAUCCGGCCCCGGCCGUAAACUUGAAAAUCACAAAACCUCAGCUCAAACACAGAAAAAGAAAUUCCGAUGCGAAAUAUGUGGAAAAGACUACUGCUCAAGUGACUAUCUGGCGAUCCACACCAAAAUGCAUGACACCACCGAGCAACAUAAUAAACACGAAUGCCUAAUCUGCGGCAAAGGGUUCCUCUUUAACCAUAUGCUCGUGAAGCACAUGCUGUGUCACAACGAUCGGCGACCGUUCCAGUGCGAACUGUGCGGUGCAGCCUUCAAAACAGCUAGCAUUUUACGCACGCACAGCAAAGUCCACUCCGCGUCCGCGGACGUGCCGAAACCGUUCAAAUGUGACACGUGCGGUGCACAGUUCCGCCAAAAGUGUAGCCUUACCGUUCAUAAGAGAAACCACGAGUAUAGCUUAAGUUAG